AUGGCAGCAAACAAGCUGCUGCUCGCAGCCAUGGCGUUGCUGUUGAGUAGUGCACCUUGUUGUGAUGCGAGAGUAAGCAAGGAAGAGUUCGAACAUGGUUUUCGGCAUGGAGAAAGGCGUUCUGUGGUUGCCAAGAACCUUCCAGGAAGACCUCUCAUGAUUUACAACCCCGACACUUUGCUGCUUCAUCAUACAGAAGACAGAGCACAUGCAAAGCUCAAGACUCGAUUCAGACAAGACUCGACCAUUGCUCAGCAACAGAUUGUGUUUGAGGAAUCAAGCAAGAGUCAUUACCUUGUUCGAGUGAAACAUCCCGCUCCUCCCGACAUGCUCUCUCAGUUGAAGGCCACCAGCGGAGACAAGUUUGUGCAAUACAUUCCAUACGACACGUAUGUGGUUGCUAUGGAACCUUCCAGGAAACUUCGUGUUGCGAGCAUGAAGCAUCGAAACUCCAAGUCUCAGACCAAGCAAGACAAAUAUGGACAAGACAAGGAGAAGGGAGCACCGGCUGGACCUGAUGAGAGCGUAUUUCUUGAGGCAGCCAUCUCAGUUCAUCCGGAUCAAAUGUCUCUCACCAAUAUGCUCCGAUUGUUGGAAAACGCUUUCAGCACAAGAUCGGGCAAGAUCGCUCAAGUAUGGGCGAAAACAAGCAAUAUGCUGACGAUUGAAACCAACGCGCAAAACGUCGGCAAGGUUGUUGAGAUUUUGGCAAAUCAAGCAUCGGUGAAAUGGAUGGAAAAGAGGACAGAGUAUCGCACUUUCAACAAGUAUUCUUCUUUGAUCGUUCAGGGAACCUAUCAGUGGCAACCAACCAAAACGAAGCUGGAACAGCUCGGUUUGAACGGAAAAGGACAAACAGUGGGAAUUGCAGACACUGGCAUUGAUUUUGAUUCUUGCUUUUUCUAUGAUCCCGAGGUUCAGUGCAUGGAAACCGAUUCAUUCAUGUACGACAAAGAUGAUUUUCUGGUUGUGUUUGCUGCUGGGAAUAGCGGUCCUGAUCACUUCUCGAUUGGCAGUCCAGGGAAUGCCAAGAACAUCCUAUCGGUAGGAUCAAGCUUGAACUCCCGUGAGUCGUACGUGGCGCAUGGUUAUGGUACCUACUUCAACCUCUCCAUGCUGCUCUCCGAUGGCUCAGACGAGAGGCUGGUUGACAUCCUCCCUGCCUCCUUCGGAGCUCCGCUGACCCCCGACACCAGAGCUGUCAACGCUUCAAUAGUCGGUCAAUACUUUUACAGUGGGUGCUACCCGCCUGGUCCAUGGUGUAAGGAUAUUCAGACUCUGCUGUGCCUGCCUCGUCCGGACUCGAGCUCAUUCUGCUCGGUACAGACUUCAUCUGAUGCUGAGAUCUCAACAAGCUGGUCAGACAUGCACACUGUUGAAAGCCUAGGCAACGUUCAAUCGAGCAUCAACUUUCAGGAUUACCAGACUUGCGAUGUCAGCGGCUCUGACAUGUCGAUGACGACAUGUUCUCUCUCAAUGUACGUUGACAGAACAUCUGGAGGUGAUGUCGAUCUUAUGAUUCAAGUGCCUUUGUCGUACUGGAUGGGCAGCAACAGUGUCACUAAUGUCAGGGGAAUCACUGUUGCUGGCGACUAUGUUCCUAUGGACUUCAGUGUGUCAGGCAGUCAGUCGUGUGGACAAUCAAUCAGUACAACUUACAGGAUACCGUCAGACGUGUCGGGAUCGAUUCAGAUCGUCGUUGACUAUGAUCGAUCGAUAUCGAACCAGUUUUAUUGUUCCUUCAAUUGGUUUGGAGUAACCUUCACGAUGAUUUCUCAUGCCACUACUUCAUGGGACAUCUUGUAUGACUCGUCUAUUUCUGAAAUGUACAACUACCACUAUUACUCUUCUUCGAAAAUGCACAUAGAAUUGAAGACUGAAGUUGAUUUUUGUAUUUUUGGAGAAAAUGCGAGGAAUCGCACGUAUUUGACGGGAGGCUCUAUUGCCUUUGGUUCUUCACUGGACGCGUUGUCUUCGCAGUUCAUUUUCAACAAUGACUACGAAGCAACCCCUUUGUUCAUGGUAGGUAAAAAAGUGCAGGACAAUGGAGUCAACGGUUACACUGUUUACGUGAAGACUUAUUACCCUCAAGGAUCGUGCAAUCAAGAAUCACAAGUGACUCUGUACGAGAACAGCAGCAUUGUAUACACCAUCAUCAGCGCUGUCACCACUUCUUAUGAUGACUCCUUCUCGCUUUCAAAGCAAGGGUAUACUAUCUUCUCAAAUCCACUUGAAAUCAACAAGACGGUGACUCUGACAGGCUUCUCUAAUCCAUUGAGCGGUUACUUUCGAGGCUUCUUUAAAGGCAACAUGAUUAUUUCUCCUUUCAUGGGCUAUUGCGAUGAAGUGCUCAUGGCCUGGAAUGCUCAGAACAUGGGAGCCUCUGCGCUGAUCUUGUACGAACCUGCGAUCCAAUACCCCGCGCCUGUUUUGAAAGCAACAGGAGGACCGAACGAAAUGUUGAAGGAUCAGAUCACGAUACCUGUCGCUGGCAUCUCAGCAACCGCCGGGGCAGCCGCCAUAGUGAGGCAGUACUUCGAGGAGGGCUACCAUGUUUCAUUUCUUGAUAUGCGGAGCAAUCCUCAGCUUGACCUUGAAAUCUACACCUGUGCCAACUCAGACUGCAGCCAAUGGAACUAUGAUGGCUCGAUAUCAGGCAGCCACAUGAACUUGUGGUUGCCAGACGCUCAGAUGUACAACUCUGCGUUCAGAGCCAACGUGUCUAAGAGGUACGAGAACGAAGUCGCUCCUGGCGCCACGUGCGCCUCGUUCAGCAUCUCCGACAGCAACAACGGUAUGAGCGAGAUCGAGCUGGCGGUCAUCCCAACUCAUUUGCUCCCAACUGUCUGCGAAGAAUUGAACGGCGACAGCUCCUCGUCUACAAGCAUGAAGUUCAACGGAUCGUCGACAGCAAGCCAGUACGACUCGGUCGCGUGCGACAGACUUGAGUUGAGCUCGCAGGGGGAGAUUCAAGUCUUGCCCAACGAGUUUCAAGUCUUCCGCGGUCGCUCGCUCACCUUGAACUACUUCUCCACCGUCAACAACCGGACCUCCUCGCCAUUUCCCUUCGAGCUGUCAUGGGGAGGCAAGUCAAAGCCCAUGUGCGGCAACGGGCUCCGAGACUGGACGUUCCGCAGGCUCACAGCGGUGAACUGCACUUCGACGACAUCUUACUCGUACACGUCAACGAUGGCUGACGGGAUGGGAGGAGUCUACUCUCAGUCCUUGACGAUGUCUACUUGCGAUGUUGAUUUCCGACCUGCGAUCAACUCAUCGGGGCCCAUGUACCUUCUUGUCGACAUGGACUCGACCUCUCUCUACGAGGGUUCCAUCAUGAACGUGACCCUCAACGGCGUCAGCAUCCCCUUCUCCUCUCCUUACCAGAUGAGCCCCACCUGCGGGAUGAAAGUUCCAAUCGUCUUCUCUCAAGUUCCUCCCAACGUUGAGGGGCCGAAGUUCUCUCUGCAGAUCAACAUCGAGAGUCCUAAAUGCUGGUACUGCUCGUCCCCCUCCUGCCUCUACAUCAACGCAGAGGCUUUCCUCGCCGCUCCUGACGUCUUCGAGCAGUGCGACGAUGGCAACCAAGUGGACGGUGACGGAUGCAGCAGCACGUGCACCAUAGAGCCCGGGGCCUCGUGCGACAGCUCCUUCAGCAUCGGGUCGCUGCAGAGAGGGCCGGACGUCUGCCUCGGCAAGGGGAAGGCUGGGACAAGAUGCCGCUUUGACGUGCUCUGCUCGACCAAAAUGCGUAUCAUUGUUCUUGGUAGUGCUCUAGUGCAGUGA